AUGUGCUGCGCUGCACCGGUGCGUGCAACUCUCAGGCCUUUCAGCGACCGAGCAGCGCGCCACGCAGAGCGCCAUCCUCAGCCCAGGCCAACCCUUGACGCUAGCAUCGGCCGGCGUCCAAUCAGCGCUCCUCUUGCCAGGCCUUUCGCCUCAGGCGUCCCGCUCGCCGCAUCGCCCAGUCCCCCCCCCGGGGACCCCCAGUUUUUCUUCUUCUCUCCCUCCAGCGUCUGGCUCGUCCUCAGUUCCAUCCAUUGUCCGCUGUGCAUGUACAUGGUCGAGUUCCUCCGUACCGUACGCUGCCGUACUUAUACUGUACCGCACUCGUUCCAAAAUCCACGACUGCACGCACAAGUCUGCCCGGCCACGACGACCGCUUCCCUCCGCCAACCCUGUGCAACCUACGCUCCUCCGCCCUCCUCUGUCGACCUGGUUCGCCCUCGUCGUCUGCCUCUCCUCCUCUCCUCCUCUCCUCGUCUUCCCUUGCCUCGAAAACCGAACCGCGGCACGCCCUUCCCGACAGAGUCAACCCUCCCGACCCGUUGCACGCAUGGUUCUGUAGCCGGCACUCAGCUCACCCGUCGCCCGUCGUCGAGGGGCCCUCGAAUUUCACCCUCCGGCCGGCCUGAGCUCGACCCGAUCAGCCGCUCCCGUGCCGCCGCCGCGUACGACGACGACGAGUGCUCUGCAAAGGACAUCGACGCCCACCAGGACGACCCGUGCGAUUCCUCUCUGCGACCGUGGACUGACGUCCCACCGUCCGCAACCAUGGCGAUUGCCAUGGGCUGGCAUAAGCCCGACAAUGUCGCAGGCUCGUCAGCGCCAGCCAUCAUGGUUGGCCUUUUUGUGGCAUCCGGAGGACUGCUCUUCGGAUACGACACAGGAGCCAUCAACGGAAUCCUCGCCAUGCCCGAGUUCAAGAAUCAGUUCGCCACCACCUGCCAGACAAACGGCCAGCCCGACAUAUGCCCAAAGGACCUGUCCAUCAUUGUCGCCAUCUUGAGCGCAGGAACCGUCGUCGGGUCGCUUCUCGCCGCCCCGGCCGGCGACUCCAUCGGCCGCCGCAUCACCCUUCUCAUCGCCGUCGGCAUCUUUUGCAUCGGCGGCAUCUGUCAGGCCUGCGCGGACGCCAUCCCGCUGCUCCUCGUUGGAAGGGCCUUGGCUGGCGUCGGCGUCGGCGCCAUCUCCGUCCUCGUACCUUUGUAUCAAUCCGAAAUGGCGCCCAAGUGGAUUCGAGGCACCUUGGUGUGCGCCUACCAACUCUCCAUCACCAUCGGCCUGCUCUCCGCCUCCGUCAUCAACAUCAUAACGGCGAACCGUCCCAACUCGUCGGCCUAUCGGAUCCCGCUUGGUCUGCAGAUCGCACCCGCCCUCGUCCUCACCGCCGGUCUCCUCGUCCUCCCCGAGACGCCACGGUUCCUGGUGAAGAAGGGCCGAAAGGAGGAGGCUGGCAUAUCGCUCAGUCGUCUGCGGCGUCUCGACAUCACCCAUCCAGCUCUCGUCGACGAGCUCGGAGAAAUCGUGGCGAAUCACCGCUAUGAGCUCACGCUCGGCCCGGACACGUACAAGGAUGUUUUCGUCGGCACGCCGCACCUCGGCCGCCGCACCUUUACCGGAUGUGGCCUGCAGAUGCUGCAGCAGCUGACGGGGAUCAACUUCAUCAUGUACUACAGCACCACCUUCUUCGGCGGCGUCGGCGUCUCCAGCCCGUACACCAAGUCGCUGGUCAUCAACAUCAUCAACGUCGUGUCCACCAUCCCGGGUCUGUUGAUCAUUGAAUCCUGGGGUCGACGGCGACUGUUGAUGGUCGGUGCCAUGGGCAUGGCCGUCUGCCAACUCCUCAUGGCUUCCUUCAGCGCCGCCGCCGGCCAGGAUCUCCAGGACGUUUCCCAGACGAUCCUUGUUGUCUUCUGCUCCCUUAACAUCUUCUUCUUCGCCGCCUCCUGGGGUCCCGUCGCCUGGGUCGUCACGUCCGAAAUAUACCCUCUCAAGAUCCGAGCGAAAGCCAUGUCGCUAUCGACGGCCUCGAAUUGGAUCCUAAACUUUGGCAUCGCCUACAGCACCCCUUUCAUGGUCAGCACGGGACCCGGGAACGCGGGCUUCGGGCCCAAGAUCUUCUUCAUCUGGGGCGCCUUCUGCAUCUUGGCCGUUUUCUUCGUCUGGUGCAUGGUUUACGAGACGAGCAAAAUCAGCCUGGAGCAGAUUGACGAGAUGUACGAGCGCGUCAACCAUGCCUGGAACAGCAAAACGUUUGAGCCCAGCUGGAGUUUCCAGCAGAUCCUCGAUGAGGGUUGGUCCCCAAGCGCCGUCGAAGCCAACCACGCCUUGGAGGCUGUUUCGUCCCAUUCGACGGCCGAAAGCACGCUCGGCGACUCCAACUCCUCUACCAUCACGAUGCAUCACAACGAUGGGAAUGCGUCGCCAUCUUCAUUGAAUAAUAAUAAAUCGACACCGCCCAUGGCGAAUGUGGAUUUUAGCUAUUAG